AUGGCGGACGCAGCCCGUGCGACAACACGUGACACAGAUGCAACAGAGGAGACACUCAGCAACGCCUAUACCUACACAUCGAGGCGGCUGGAUCAAAUCUUCCAGGCCUUUUGGCUUAAGGUACAAGCCCGUCUGCAAACCACUGCUCACUGCUCAGUGCCACGGAAGGGAACCAGGAGAAUGAAGCACUCCAGCAUGGUAAAGCCUCCUCAGGGCACCAAAUAUAAAACAACGCUCCCGAGACCUCACUACCGCUCUCCCAGACGGAGAGCCAGAUGA